AUGCGCGAGCUCCAGCUGCGAGUGCCGCGGGGCAGCAGGUGGUGGUACCCGGGCCUGGCGCGGGCCGUCGCCAUGGCAGCGCAGGCCACGUGCCUCAGGUUGGGAUCGCGAGACCCCGCCCGCCUGGGCGACUUCCUAGUGCCGGCGCCGGGCUGGGCAGGGCCCCAGCUCCGAGACCUUUCGGGCCUCACCAGCCCGGCGAGAGCCUAUGCCUUUAUGAAAGCCUUUGUGAGCGACUGGCUCCUGGUAUUUGAGCUUCUCCAAUGUGGACAUGGGGGCCUGGCCAACCCAGACCUGUUCUUUCGUCUGCAGGAGUUAGGAUUGCGCGGACUGGAAGCCACUCUGAUCCCUGUUUUGUCAUUUGAGUUUCUGUCUCUUCCCACUUUCUGGGAGAAGCUGUCGCGUCCGGAAGGCUACGGAGGGCUCAUUUUCACCAGCCCCAGGGCAGUGGAAGCGGUGGAGCUGAGCCUGGAGCAGGACGGGAAAAGCGAAGUCUGGAAAAAGUCUCUGAGAGAAGCAUGGAGCGCUAAGCCGGUGUAUGUGGUUGGAAAUGCCACGGCUUCUCUAGUGAAGAAACUUGGCCUGGAAGCCGAAGGGGAAAGCAGUGGGAACGCCGAGAAGCUCGCGGAAUGUAUCUGUUCCCGGGAGCCGCCUGCACUGCCUCUGCUGUUUCCCUGUGGAGCCCUCAAGGGAGAAGUGCUGCCGCAGAUGCUCAAGGACAAAGGGAUUCCCAUGGAAAGCAUCAUUGUCUAUCAGAAGAUCCCCCACCCGGGAAUCCAAGUGAACCUGGACAGCUACUACUCCAAGCAGGUGGGCGCCGUUUCCAGGGGGCUCGGGCAGGCGGGCGCCGUGGUGGAGGCGGAGGUGAGGUGUGGCCUCUGCGUGGUUCACCUCCCGGCUGAGGCCUCUCGGAGGCUUCAUCCCUGUGCCUGGGGACCAGGGACAGCACAGCUCCUGCCCGCAGGGCCAACCACCUGGAAAGAACAGUCAGGAGGCAGCUGA